AUGGGAAGAAAGAGAACAAUUCAGAAUAUUGUCGAUCUGACAAGUCCCGUAAAAGACGGUCAAGAUCCUAUUAAGAAGAAAGAGAACUCUCCACGAAAGCUGAACGAGAAUCUUGAAACUGAUAACGUUGCAAUGAUUACGAUUAGAGUGAAAACACAACAAAUGAUUAUACCUGAUGACGCUGAUAAUAAUAGAGAACUAUUGUUGGUGACAACUGAGGAUGUGCAGGAAGAGAAAGAGAAAGAGAGCUCUCCCCCAGGAAAACAACGAAAACGUACUCUUAAUGAUGAUAAUGAAUACGGACCUUAUUCAACUGACGUUGUUAAUGAAGAGGUCAAAAUUUCACUUGAGACGGCUGCUAUUGAAGAGGAAGCAGAAACAGAAAUUUUGCUUCCUCUUCGUAAAUGGCAAGUUGAAAUAUCUCUUCUAAAUGGGAAAAAGAAGGAAAUAAACGCAUCCAUUUUUUCCUCAUGUACAUAUCAUCUCCAUCCAACUUUUGAAAUUCCCAUAAGAACAAUUGAAACCCCACCGUUUUUAUUAGAAGAACAGGGGUGGGGUGAGUUUCAAUUUGAAAUUGUUUGUAACUUGAUUGAUAAUGCUGGAAAUUUUAAAAUUAUUCAUGAUCUUUCCUUUGAAGACGAUGCAUACAUAGUGGAGUAUUCCGCGUAUAUUCCCUAUGAUAAUCCAAAAAUACGAGAUUUUUUAAUUGAGAAUUCUAUUAUUGAAGACGAUAUUGAUCAUGACCAUGAGAAACUCACAUUGAAAAAACCAAACCCAAGUGAACUUGCCUGGACAAACAAAAUACCACUUUUAAAUGAAGAAAUAGUGCAAAAUAUAACCAAUUUAAUUUUAGAAAAUUCAGCUGUGCAGAAACAAGUUAAUAGGUAUCCAAGGAAGGAGACAUUCGUCAUGACUUUAUCUCAAUUACCGGAUGAUAUAUUAUCCACAAUUCAAGAGUACGUUCUCACUGGGAAACUUGAACCAGAAGAAACCCCGGAUUCACAACCAGAGUAA